GCCAAGCAUGCUUCUGCGUCUAUAUAGCAUUAUUAUAACUCAAAGCAGCACAUCAAACUUGCCGACCUGGAUGGACCUGGAUCAUCCUUGUGAAGUCGCCAUGGCACCUUCUGAAGACCGACUUGGCUUGAACUCUGUCAUGGUGACUUCGGGAUGCUUGAUGCAUGGAGGCGCCUUCAGCCCACGAGACUUCUGACACCACCCUGGACACGACUCCACCGACGACACAACCCUGUUUCGCCUUUGCCGUGGUUCCGAGAUCACGAUGUGCAUCUCAAUGGGCAAGAAGCUUUUGUUCAGGCCCUCAGCAGCUGUGAAUUGGCCAGGGCCUGGCAGCAUCAACUGUUUCUGGCUGAUGCCAUGCAGAGGGAAGGAUAUGGUCGGUGCUUGCCCGGCUUCCACGCGCUCAUGCACUCCAAACACUGGGAGGAAGCGAUUGGGCUUUUGGAGGUCAUGAAGCUUCAAGGCUUUUCGCCCACUUCGUCCACCUUCUCCUUCGUCGUGAGAUCUUGCGGCCGUGCCGGUCAGUGGAGGUGGCCUUUGAAACUCAUCUCACACGGGACAGAUGUGGACGGCACAGAAGGGACAGACAAAGAGCUCUGCAAUGCAGUAGCAGCAGCUUGCCAACAAGCUGGUGAAUGGCAGUGGUCAGUUUGGGUACUCGAACAGUUUGGGCAAAGCGCUUCAGGCCCUGGUUUGAGUGAUUCGUCCUUUAAGCUGGCGAUCACGGCUUGCAAAGAAGGAAGGCAUUGGCUGAGGGCUUUGCAGAUGCUCGGCUCUGUGGAGCAGACCUUGGCACAGAGCGAAUUCCUAUUGUCUUCCACUCUCAAGGCAUGCGGCGCGCGCUGGCAGAUUUGCCUCGCGCUCGUGGAUUCCUUCGAUGCCUUCGCGCUUCCUGUGGUGAUGACGUCCCUGAUCUCAGCCUGCGAGCGUGCAAGGAAGUGGGAGGCGGCACUGCUAUUCCUCGAGCGCAUGGCUUCGCCGGCUUCAACCGAUCCAGUGGCCUUGAGUUCGGCGAUGAGUGCUUGUGUGCAAGCCACCGAAUGGCAGAGGGCGAUGGCCUUGGCCUUCAGCCACUCUGGGUCGCUGGAUGCAGUGGUCUGGAGUGUUCUGGCCAGUGCCUGCGAAAGAGGAGACAGCUGGGAGCUGGCGUUGCAAGUCUUUGAUGAGAUUGCAAAUCGGUAUUCUCCAAAUGUCGUGGUCUUUGGGGCCUUGCUGCGAUCUUCACCCCCUUGGAGGGCCACGUUGCACCUCUUGAGCUACAUGACCCAAACACUCAUGCCAAGUGCUACUUGCAUCUCAGAGGCAGUGACUACCUACACUCGAUCCAGCCAAGUCUUCCGAGCGCUGUCGCUAAAACCAUUCUUGGCACGGCGAGCUGUACAGCCAGAGGUUUGGGCACCCCUCCAUCCCCUGCACCAAAGCUCACAAGGGACCUACAUCUACGCGGUGGUUUUGGCGGCCCUUUUGCAUGACAUGUCCUGUUGGAACCAGGCUGCGGUCACCAUGUAUCAGCGAUCCUUUCUGAUGCCGCUGCGUGCAGACUUGCUCAGGAGGAUGCCAGGAAAACGAGCAGCUUUGCAGAAGGUUUGCUCCAUGGGAGGUGGUUUCCUCAGAUCAGAGGCUGAGUGCUUUGGCAUGCGAGCGGGAAAAGGGUUGCUGCUGGGACGGGGGAAAUGGAGAAGGCAGUGUCGGGAGCUAUGAAGGGGAAGGAGUCAAACAGAUUGGAACGCAUACACACAAAAAAGAGUAUAUAAGGGCCGCUGCAACAAGGAUCCAUUUCAAGGCGCCCUUACCUUUUGCUUUUGC